UGCAAUGACACGCUACCGCUUUCAGGUUUAGUAAGCGUACUAAACCCUAAAAGGGUUUUUUACUAAACUUUUGAAGCGGUAGCGUGUCAUUGCAUUUUGCUAAACCCCUUUUGGGUUUAGUAAACGAUGCUUUUUUUUUAGAGUGUAGUUCAACUGAAUUCAACAGUUGAUAUUCUAAAGUACCCAGUGAUUUGUUUACCCACUGAAGAACAGAGUACAGUUAUAGGAAUAGCUGGUGAAAAUGGUGUGGCUAUAGGAUGGGGCAUAGUCAAUUCAUCGACGUUUGAACAACCAGAUGCAUUACAGCAGAUUCGUUUACCAAUAUUAGAUCCAUUAUUACCGCAAUGUAGUGAGAUAAUGACAAAUGAUCGUUCACAGAUAUGUGCUGGUGGUAUAGAAGGACAUAAUACAUCUACCACUGGCUCAUCGGCAGUGUGUACUGAUGGUUGUAACUUGCUUGAAACUCUUCUCGACUUUCAUACUAUUGGUGUGACAAAUUUCACAACUAACCCAGUACCAGACGGUUAUGGUAAUUUUCUAUGGACCAAUGCUAGAUACAUGAAUGCUUUCUACCAUAAUCCAUUAGCUGGAUAUUAUACUGUUCUCUGUAGUGGAGAGUAUAUUUUAUAUGCUGAUAGUACAUUUAUAAUACAAACAAUAACAAAUGGUACAACAUUUGCAUUAAGUUCACUCUUUGCAUGUGCUGCAUGGAAUGAUAAUCUUCUUGUAACAAUACAAGGUGAACUUUCUGGCACUGUUAUACAAAGAACAACUGUAACAAUUCAACCAUUUACACGUACACUUGUUAAUCUGUAUUGGUCAAGUAUUGAUACAGUGAUACUGACUACUAGUGGCGGAACACAUAAUGCAAAUGUAGUCGGUGGUAGUGGAAUAAAUAUUGGUAUUGAUGAUAUGUGUGUUGUCAUAUAG